AUGUCUCGGCCAUGGGCUGCACUUUACCUCCGAGGUGUCGACCAGAUAAUGGACAAAGUUGAGAGAUUGAUUCGCGCGCCAAAGCCCUCAAGCGACAUGCAACCUGCGCCGCGUGACGAGAAGCAACCCACUGGAGGGAAUAUGAAAAGAAGCGGGGACCACGGCGUUGGCGGCCUUGAAAUGUUUGGGCUCGAAUUGGGUUUCAUCGCUGCUGACCAGUUUCUUCCGCAGGGACGGCAACUAUAUAGUCUAUGGCGAUUAGAAGGCGCUCGCUCUUACGAAGGAUACUGCCGCCACAUGACGCCAGCGCGUUCUCCCCCUUCAACCAACCGCGCAAUUGUAUCGACUCCGCAGUGUUUGAGCCGGCCAUGUUUAAGAAUGACUUCUAAGCGUGACACCAUGUGCGGCGAGGAUGCUGGCACUGGUGAAAUCUUACGAGCCGAUAGUACAGGGGGGGAUGGGUGGGACGGAAGGUGA